ACGUUUAUCUAUGGAAAUUCAAUAUGGCGACAAUUUAUAAAAAAAAAUAAACAGUAGCAAGAUGAUAAAUGAAAUGUAUUGCGUAGAUACUGGCCAUUUUAAUGGCUUUUAGAGCGGAAUUACACAAACUUUACAGCUAAUAGUCGUUUAUUAAGGAGAAUUUGCCUUAUUACGCCUAUGUGACUUAUGCAAUACAUUACAAUAAUAGCUUGUAGCUGCCGCUUAACGAAGGAAGGAAAAUACACGAGUGAGGUCAAAUGAUUCACGGGGUUAACUAAGUUUACAACGAUAAUACGUAAUUGAGCUGUGUCUGUGAGCGUGUGUGGUUGUCGACGGUCGCAAGCCAUCUGCGGCCGAAUUAUACCGCGAAGUGUCUGACUUAUAACUUAAGAAUUUAUUCCGGUUUCGAUGAGUAAUCGAUUAGAUGAGAUGAUCGAAAGCGUUUCGCGGCGUGCCUUCAGUAGUUCCAGUGGCACUUACAAUGUCCGUGCGUUGGAGCUGCAGAGAGAGCGAAAACUCAAUAUAUUAAAUGUUACUGUACAGUUCUUGGAUGACACCCAACACUCUUUUCAAAUUGAGAAAAAAGCAAAAGGCAGCGCUCUGUUAGAGCAAGUAUUCCAACACAUAGAACUAAUUGAAAAGGACUAUUUUGGACUACAGUUUACGGAGAAUGGUGCAGCACCAAACUCUACUAACACAGAAAUUACGCGCUGGUUAGACCCAAGCAAGUCAGUCAAGAAGCAAGUCGGAGGCAACGCGCAGUUCUGGCUAGCGGUCAGGUUCUAUCCUCCAGAACCUUCUAGACUGGCCGAGGAGUUCACCAGAUACCUGCUCUGUCUGCAGUUGAGGAAGUUACUGCUGGAUGGAAGAAUGACUGCUCCUAAGAAUACUUUGCUGCUAUUGGCUUCAUUCACAGUGCAAGCGGAACUCGGCGAUUACAAUGUAUCAGAGCACCCGCCGGACUAUCUGUCCGAACACAGAUUAGUGCCUAAACAGACCGCCGAAGAUGAGAGAAGGAUCCGUGAGCUACAUAAGUUACAUAAUGGACAGGCCCCAUCUGACGCUGAAGCGAAUUUUCUAGAACAUGCGAAAAGAUUGGACUGUUAUGGUGUCGAAUCUCAUCCCGCUAAGGAUUACAACGGAAAGGACAUAUUUAUUGGCGUCACCUCAAUAGGUAUAGUCGUCUUCCAGAACAACAUUCGAGUGAACACAUUCUCUUGGAGUAAAAUCGUCAAGAUCUCCUUCAAGAGGAAACAGUUUUUUAUUCAGCUUAAGCGGGAACCAUCUGAAUCGUACGACACAGUCCUCGGUUUUAACAUGCGGUCAGGGCGCGCAGCUAAAGCUCUCUGGCGGUGCAGCGUGGAACGCCACGGCUUCUUCCGCCUCCGGGCCCCAAGGAGACGACCCCUGUUAGGAGCCCUAGGGGCCCUGGCCGGUAUCACGGCCCCCACGGUGCCUAGAACUGAGACGCAAGCGUUGGAAGAUGCUAGAAGAUCGCGAUCGAGUAAUAGGACUUUUGUCAGACGAAGCAGUUCCCGCACGCGGUCGCGAUCUCCGGGCAAGCUGUCCCUCGGGGCUCCCGCGGCCGCCCCGCGCGGCUCAAGAGUCACGGGACACGAGGAGCCUCCGCCCAGAGCCGCUUGGACAGCGCCCGUGGCUGAUAACGAAGACGAAGGCGGUUUCCUCGAACGCUCCCUCGCCCUGCGAGUUCCUCUCUCCUACGCAGACGAUUCAGACACAGCAUCAGAAGUGGCCGACCAAACGGUCCGGGUUCGACUCUCGGCCGGGGCCGACGGAAGAUUCGGGUUCAAUGUGAGGGGUGGGGGCGGAGCACCUGUACUUGUGUCUAGAGUGGCUCCGAGAAGCCAUCCGCAACUGCAAGAAGGGGACCAGGUUAUAUCAAUAAACAAUACAGACGUGGACGACCUAACCCACGAGCAAGUUGUACAGAUCAUCAGGAACACGCGCGGCGUGCUGACGCUCGUCCUCAAACAGAAUGCCGUAUACGAACCUGAAGAAACCGGCCCCGAAGAACCAGCAGUAUGCUUCGUCCCUCUCUGCUCCGGGCAACUAGAGGGAGACGCACUAGAACAAUCCAUGCUUUUGCUCGGAGAUGGCCUAGCCAGCGGUGCCGCGUUGAAGCAAUAUGAGACGUUACUGAGGAGAAUAGUUGAAGAGCCGUGUGCGGCGUCGAGACAUGUGAAUAACAUCAAUAAGAACAGAUAUAGGGAUAUUGCCCCUUACGAUUCUACGCGAGUUAUACUGAAGAAUUGUUCAACGGGUGACUACAUUAAUGCGUCGUACAUUAAUAUGGAAAUACCCAGCUCCGAUCUCGUCCUUACCUACAUUGCUACACAAGGUCCCUUACCAUCAACCGUGGGCGACUUUUGGCAAAUGGUGUGGGAGUCAGAAAGCAGUCUCGUAGUAAUGUUGACCGUUCUGGUAGAGAGGGGACGGACCAAGUGCCACCAAUAUUGGCCCAAGGUCGGCAACACCCCGCUUAAGGCGACCAGCACACUUACUGUCCAGACAAAUAGUGAGCAGAACCUUGGACAUUAUGUAAGAAGAGAGAUGACUAUUAAGGAGUCAAGCGGGGCGACUAGGAACAUAACCCAACUCCAAUACACGGCUUGGCCCGACCACGGCGUGCCUGAAGAUGCCGCCGCUUUCAUAAACUUCACCCAGCUAUGUUCGCGGCUCAGGAACCAUCGAUCUGUGAUACCAACGGUAAUCGAAGAGCUAGACGGGUCGACGGAGCGAGUACUCGACCCGCCGCUGGUCGUGCACUGCUCAGCGGGCGUGGGCCGCACGGGCGCACUCAUCCUGGCAGAAACUGCCAUAGAGCUGCUGCGUCGCCGCCAGCCCUUCUACCCGCUAGAGCUGACCCGCGUCAUGAGGGCGCAGCGGCCUAUGUGCAUACAGAACGCGAGCCAGUACAAGUUCGUAUGCGAGAGCAUACUCUCGGCGUACAACCAGGGACUCAUCAACGAGUCCUCAGAAAACGACUCCACCUGAAGCCUCGCCUUGCCAAUUUAAUAGUUAUCUUAUAAGCAACUUAUUAUCACAACGAACAAAAACGCUGGCCAUAUUGGUC